CAGCUAGGCAGAGCCCACCACGGAGCUGAGGCAGGCAGGCAGAGGAAAGAUGGCAGCCGCGGCAGUGGCUGAGUUUCAGAGAGCACAGUCUCUUCUUGGAACAGACCGGAAUGCCUCUAUCGAUAUCUUACAUUCUAUAGUGAAGCGGGACAUCCAGGAGAGCGAUGAGGAGGCGGUGCGUGUUAAAGAGCAGAGCAUCCUGGAGCUGGGCGGCCUGCUGGCCAAGACGGGACAGGCUGCAGAGCUUGGGGGUCUGCUGAAAUAUGUGCGCCCCUUCCUCAACUCCAUCUCCAAGGCCAAGGCAGCCCGGCUGGUCCGCUCCCUGCUGGACCUGUUCCUGGACAUGGAGGCCGCCACGGGCCAGGAGGUCGAGCUCUGCCUGGAGUGCAUAGAGUGGGCCAAGGUGGAGAAGAGGACCUUCCUCAGACAGGCGCUGGAGGCUCGUCUCAUCUCACUCUACUUCGACACAAAGUGCUACCAGGAGGCACUACAACUUGGCACCCAGCUGCUGCAGGAGCUGAAGAAGAUGGACGAUAAGGCCCUGCUGGUGGAGGUGCAGCUGCUGGAGAGCAAGACGUACCACGGGCUGAGCAACCUGCCCAAGGCCCGCGCCGCCCUCACCUCCGCCAGGACGACCGCCAACGCCAUCUACUGCCCGCCGAAGCUACAAGCGGCUUUAGACAUGCAGUCAGGGAUCAUUCACGCAGCCGAGGAGAAGGACUGGAAGACGGCUUACUCCUACUUCUACGAGGCCUUCGAGGGCUACGACUCCAUCGACAGCCCCCGAGCCAUCACAGCCCUCAAAUACAUGCUGCUCUGCAAAAUCAUGCUCAACUUGCCAGAGGAUGUCCAGUCCCUCAUCAGUGGCAAGCUAGCUCUGCGGCACGCUGGCAGACAGACAGACUCGCUGAAAUGUGUGGCACAAGCCAGCAAGAACCGGUCGCUGGCAGACUUUGAAAAGGCACUAACAGAGUACAAAGUGGAGCUGAGGGAUGACCCCAUCAUCAGCACCCAUCUGACCACGCUGUACGACAACCUGCUGGAGCAGAACCUCAUCAGGGUCAUCGAACCUUUCUCCAGGGUCCAGAUGGCACACAUUUCCUCCCUUGUCAAACUAUCCAAUGGAGACGUGGAGAGGAAACUAUCACAGAUGAUCCUGGACGAGAAGUUUCACGGUAUUUUGGACCAAGGCGAAGGUGUGCUGAUCGUGUUCGACGAGCCAGCGGUGGACAAGACGUACGAGGCGGCCCUGGAGACCAUCCAGAACAUGAGCAAAGUGGUGGACUCGCUCUACAACAAAGCCAAGAAGCUAACAUAAGAUCUGAGAGCGAAACCGCCGGUCCUCCCGUCAGGAGCGGCGCGGGCCAAUCAGGACCUCCGGUUGCUCGCUCACGGCGGCCCGGGAGGGACGAAGGACGGAGAGGACGAGGAGAGUACGAACACUUCAAUUGAAACCAGCCAACCAAACCGAAGACGACGACCCCCCCCCCCCCGGUGAACCCCUCGCCUCUCUGCUCUCUCCCCUCUCCUGUCUCCUGUCUCUCUUCCCUUCCAAUCAGACCGGGGUUGAUCCGACCCGAGGUGGACAAAUUCAGGCACUGUGCCGCUCUCUGCUCUUCUCCCACCUACGGCUGCUACUGUAUGACAAAUUUGCCCCCCCCCCUUAUUUGUAUUUUAUUUUUAUUUUUUGUUCCUCUCUGCGCUGGCCAUCAGGGAAUCUUGUAAAAUAACAAUAAACAUACAGUACUUGUACACACAUGUAUUAUAUAUGAAGAGAGUGUAACCGGGGUUAGGGUUGCUUGGCCCUGGAACUGAAUGUUUGAACUUCGCUGACGGCCCACAGCUCACCUGGAGAACGGUUUUGAAAAACCAGUGGCCAUCAGAGGCCCCCCUCCCCCCCAGUCCUAUGUACUAUGACCUUUGCCCCGCCCACCACCACCACCCACUCAUGAGGCAUUCUGGGAUUCGUGGACCCCACAGGGAAUUUUCUCUCCCGUCCACAUGGGACCACGCCACAAAGGAGAGGACAUUCAUCGACACAGCGGGGUCUCCCCCCUUUUCCCCCUCCGCCUCCUGCACUCGCCCACUUCCUGUUUGUAGAUAACAUUGCCAAGCACCUCUGUUCAUCCAAGGCCUGAUAAAGUCACACAUGUCCUCUGUUUUUUUUAAUUUUUACAACGCGUAAGAACAGAAUACUGAGAGCUCGGUCCGUCACACAAAGUGCUUUUGACGCGACCGGAGAGGGAACUCUGCGUUCUCAGACGCGACGUUGGUCCUUUCAGAAGAAGAAGAAGUGGGUUUCGCUGAAGAAAAUCAAGCUUUUUCUGGGAACUUCAUUUUGGCAAGGACUCGAGGGUUUACCAUAUGUGACAUGAGAAAGACAAAUGCUAAUAAUAAUAAAAAACGUAAACCUGCGAGUUUU